CAAAUGGGCGACGCUGCGCAAAAGAGUUUUGAAAAGUUGUGCAGAUGAGCUGUCUCUCAUCCCAAACGGGCAGAUUGUGCACGAGGAGGAAAUUAUUGGUGACUUAAAUGGCGGAGGAACUGUUAUCGGAGAACGAUGCAAAAGAAGGGCAACUCACAAAGUCACUGCUGGCAGUGGCUUUCCUGGCCUCGUUCGGCAGCUCGAUGCUCUACGGCUUCAACCUGGCCGUGGUCAAUUCUCCUGCACAGUACAUCAAAGAUUUCUACAAUGAGUCGCUUAUAGAAAGCUACAACUGGACUCCAGAUGAGCAGAACCUCACUCUCCUGUACUCCGUCACUGUGUCAAUCUUUGCUAUUGGUGGGAUGACGGGGGCCCUGCUGGUGGGCAAAUUAGUUACCAGAUACGGAAGAAAAGGGACGCUGGUGAAAUCCAGUGUGCUGGUGUUCAUAGGAGGAGCUCUGAUGGCCUUCAGCAGACGGUGCAGGCUGCCUUCGAUGGUCAUCUUGGGACGCUACAUCACAGGAAUACACUCAGGCAUCUGUCUCAGUGUGGUGCCGAUGUACCUCGGUGAGAUCGCCCCCAAGAGCCUGCGAGGCUUCCUGGGCCUCAUUCCCAGCCUCCACAUCUGUCUUGGCGUCUUCAUCGCUCAGGUCUUGGGGCUCGAUGACCUGCUGGGAAAGGAAGAGGACUGGCCUCUGCUCCUGUCCCUGGUGGUGUUUCCUGCCCUAGUCCAGGUGGUGCUGUUGCCAUGGUUUCCAGAGAGUCCACGGUACCUGUUGAUAGAGAAGGGAAACGUGCACGCCACCAUCUCAGCCCUGAAGUGGUUCCGUAAAAAAGGAAACAUCCAGGCGGAGGUCGAGGAGAUGCAGGAGGAGCAACGGUCUUUGUCGUCCAUCCAGACCUAUUCCGUCUGUGGGCUCCUUCAGGACCGCUGUGUCCGCUGGCAGGUCAUCACCAUCGUGGUGCUCAACAUCGGCAUGCAGCUGUCUGGCAUUGACGCGAUCUGGUUCUACACAAAUGAAAUAUUUAAGAAUGCAGGAAUCCAAGAACCACUUAUUCAGUACACAACAGUGGGAACCGGUGCCAUUGAAGUCAUCUCCGGGGUGCUGGGGUGUUUCACCAUUGAACGUGUGGGCAGGAGACCUCUGAUAAUUGGCGGCUUCCUCUUCAUGGGAAUCUGCUGUGCUGGGAUCACUGUGUCUGCCCUCUUCCAGACGCGGCUGGCCUUCAUGCGCUACAUCAGUGUGGGCUGCGUCGUCGGGAUUAUCGCCGGCUUCUGCAUCGGUCCAGCCGGUGUGCCGUUCCUGAUCACGGCGGAGCUGUUUAAGCAGUCGCACAGGCCGGCUGCCUACACUGUGGCCGGUGUCCUCAACUGGCUGUCCAACUUCACCAUCGGCUUCAUCUUUCCCUUCCUGGAGAUUGCUACAGGUCCUUACUGUUACCUGAUCUUUUGCGCCAUCUGCUUUGGAGUGGCCAUCUACACCAUCUUCGUCAUUCCUGAGACCAAGAACAAAACCUUUAUGGAAAUCAGCCAGAUGUUCGCCAAGAAGAACAAUGUCCUCGAAGAGGAGUUGACUUCCAACGGUCAUUUGAAAAUGGCUCUGAUGAACGGCUACGGAACCCUCGGCCAACGUAACGGAAAAAUACGAGCCUGAGAGAAGGAAAGAAGAGGUGGACCAACGCGUUUCUUUAGGUGGUGUGGCCCAGGUAGUGGAUGGAACUGUGGCCACAAGAGGAUCUGCUGCUUCAUGUGAAAACCACUAUGACCAGUGCACGCAUAUGGAGGCAUCCUGCUCAAACACACACACAAAAUAAAAUAUGGGCAUCUGCGUCAACAGUCACCACGUUCUGCACACUCACACACAAACAGUGAGAAAAUAGUUGUAUAGUUUGUGGUUUAGUUUGUCAAAGUGUAUUUCCUGUAUUUCUUUGUGAGAUAAAGGUCAUGAAGUUUUAAUCUGUUUCUGGGAAUCUUGCAACAUUCAUAAAUAAGGUGAGUUGCCUCCUCACCGUGCUCGCAAAUGUUUUAAUCUCCGUACACAUCCGUUGGUCACUUUAUUGUUCAUGACUGUAUGUUUUCAGUGACAUAGCAAUAACUCAGUGGCAGUGCAUCCAUCAACGUGCCUUACAGGUCACAUAUUUACCCUUGUUGCAUGUUUACACUGUUGAGCUGAAAACAUUGGUUUAUGUGUGUGAGAUAAUGUCUUUUCUUUCUUUUCGACUGUCAGUGAUUUUGUCUCUCUUUUUUGCAUAAGAGAGCAGAUUAUUGUGGCUACUGUAGUAGCAACCUCAUAUUUCCUGUCCAAACAUGCAGAGAGAGUAUAAAGUAUCAAUAUACCACAUCAUUGUUGUUGUUUUAUCAAGACCUCUUUGUAUAAAACAUGGUGGAGUGACAUUGAGAGAUAUAAUUGUAAAUUAAUAAUACACAGAUGUUUGAACUUGAAAA